AUGAAAAGAGAUAAUGAGCAACAAAACGAUAAUGUUAAGGUCCUCGUUUCAGACGUAAAUCUCAAUAUGGAUGAAAAAAUAGAUCUUACCUUGGAAGAAGUCACUCCAAAAUUAACAAAAUGGUGGUUUCAGUAUCCUCAUUUAUUGAAAAUGAACAUCUAUUUCGGAUGUGCUGUAUUUGGUAUGAUAACCCUUCGCUAUGAUGGGAUCAUUAUGAGUAACUUAUAA